UAAUUGCUUUGUUUGUUUCAUCAGAUACUCUAUCUAAAGGCAUUUGUGCCUGAAGCCACGGAAGAUAGAUGGACAAGCCAAGCAACUUCUGACCCUGCAUCAUUUUCUGGGGCAAAAUUGUAUGGCAAUGUAUCCUACAAGGGUGUCUGGUGAGGAAUGCAAUGGGAUCAAUAGCAUGUCUGCAGAGAGCGGCCCCGGGACGAGACUGAGAAAUCUGCCAGUGAUGGGCGACGGCCUCGAAGCCACCCAGAUGUCGACAGCGCAGGCGCAGGCGCAACCGCAGCAAGGCAGCACCGUCGGCGUCAACCCCCCUCCUCCAGAGACCUCCAACCCCAACAAACCCAAGCGGCAGACCAACCAGCUGCAGUACCUGCUCAAAGUGGUGCUCAAAACGCUAUGGAAGCACCAGUUUGCGUGGCCUUUCCAGCAGCCCGUGGAUGCUGUCAAGCUGAACCUCCCCGAUUAUUAUAAGAUAAUUAAAACGCCGAUGGACAUGGGAACAAUAAAGAAACGCUUGGAGAAUAACUACUACUGGAAUGCUCAAGAAUGUAUCCAGGAUUUUAACACGAUGUUUACAAACUGUUACAUCUACAACAAGCCAGGAGAUGACAUAGUCUUAAUGGCAGAAGCUCUAGAAAAGCUCUUCCUGCAGAAAAUCUCCGAAAUGACGCAGGAAGAAACUGAAAUCGUUAUAGCCCAGACAAAAGGGAGAGGACGCGCACGGAAGGAAGCAGGUAUGGCGCUCAGCCACAGCUGGGGGCUGGUAUUGGGGCCAGGCGUGUUCCACGUCUCCAGCAGUGAGCAGGGAGCGGG